CUGCCUAUACACACAGAGCAUUUCUCCGUGCAGAGACACACUCGCACAUUUUGCUCUCAUCGAUGCACGCUUGAGUAUUGCUACAUGCUUUGUCAGAAUCCUUGCCUCGCUCUCCUCUCGCAACUGCCUAAUAGUGCCUAGUGGAGGUUACUGGGGCUCGCAUUUCUCUGGUCAACCUUCUGUAAAAUCUAUCCACUUCAUUAAUUUCAUUUUCCCCGAUCAUCCCGGUUUGCUUGACAGCUCCGUCUCCCAUCCUUCCAUCCCAAUUCAGGUGCCGUAAUGCCAGGCAAGGUCAUCGACGCAACGGUUGAUAGGCCUAUUCUAUAGAGAUGCCCGUUGUCUCUUGAUUACUCCUCCGAUUGACAACCUUAUUGUGACCUUCGAUACAGCCCCUGGCGCUCUUCAUACGUCCAUGAACGAACCUCGUAGGAGUUUCAUUGUGGAAUAAACACAGGAAAUCGUACAAUUUGGAUUCUCUAAUACAUACAUGUAGGAGGACCUAUUCCUUUGAACUUGACAGAAAUAUAUUUACCUGCGUAACUUCAAACCUGGAAGAAUAAUAAGGAAAUAAGUCACAAGUCCUCUCAGAUAACGAUCAUGCGUGACUGACGGCAGGAACGGUUCUUUAGUUUUAAGCAGAAUAUCAGAAAAAAAAUCCACAAGAAUGAAAAGAACUAGAUGACAUCGCCUGAUUCGUAAAAUUAACAGAGGCUGACCGAUCAGGAGGAGGCUACCAUCUUAAAGGCUGAAUGCUUGCCCAUGUGAUGACCAAUCGGGAAGGGGCUAUUAUCAGAGGCUGAAACUUUUGACCAAUCACAGUGCUGCUUGUGGAAAGAUCUUUGUUCAGAUCUACCUCUUGGAGUGAAAUACUUGUGAAGGGAUUUCAAUCCUUAGUGGGGCUGAAAACACUUCCAUUAAACCACAUUGGAAUAUUUGAAUAUUUAAAAAUUGACCAAUCAGAGGGGUUGUAACAUAAGUGCUGACCAAUCAGAUGACAGUAUAGGCCUGAGUCUUAAUAACAAUUUGAAUCAGCUGAGCAAGAAAGGAAGAGUUGCAUCAUGUCGACAACACCAUGUGGAACCUUCGCUAAGAUUGUACUAUUUGUAGUCAAUUUUGUCUUUUGGCUAACAGGAGUAGCAGUACUAGGUAUAGGGAUAUGGGUGAGCGUGGAUCGAGGCACGGCCGACUUCCUACCGCUAUUCGAGGACCCCCUCUUCAAAAUACUGGGCUAUUCCAUGAUCGGCAUAGGGGGGUUUGUCACCCUCCUAGGUUUUAUUGGAUGUUUCGGAGCCUGUCAUGAACACAAGUGGAUGGUUUGGUUGUAUUUUCUGAUAGUUCUGUUGCUGCUUCUAGCCGAGGUUGUUUCUACAUCGUUAUUAUUUGCAUUUAGAUCACAGGUCGAAUCAUUUGUGAAUUCAAAAUUAGAUUCAACGAUAAAGACCCAGUAUGGCGAAGAGAAUCGGGACGGGACGACAGAGGCAAUUGAUGCCAUGCAGAGGAUGCUCAUGUGCUGCGGGAACCACAACUUCACAGAUUGGGAGGACAGCGAUUGGUAUUUAAAGGAGAAUCCGGACAACAUGACGCAGACGAUUCUUUACGUUCCUCAGUCCUGCUGCAUCGCGGACGGAGAUAAAUUAAGGAAUAGAGCGGUGUGUCAAGAAUCGCCUGAAGAUGUUAAUCCAGAAAGGCAUUCAGAGGGCUGUUUUAAUGCUCUAUAUGCCAAGCUGCUGGACUACAUAUGGGUAGUAGGAGGUAUAGGGAUAGGUGUAGCUGUUUUACAGGUAUUACUGUUAAUAUUAGCAGUCGUCCUCUUGCGGAAUGUCAUAGAUGACGACGACUACGAAGAUUAACAGCAUGUUCCUUUUUCCAUAUAUGAUUGCUCUAGGCCUACUUUUGUUCCGGAAUAUGAUUUUUUUUAAAUGACUUUUUAAAAUUAAUAAAUGAUAACGUUGUGCAGUAGAGUCUGCAUAACGUGGCUGUGCUGAUAAUACCUGGUAUCUCAAAAUUUAAAUAUUUUGAUGACAGCUUCUCAGAAUAAGCAAGAUUUUAGAGUUAUAUCAUGGGUAGCAACCUUUUUUUGCCUCCAAAGAGUUCUUCACUGGUGUCAGGAGACUGUUUUCAGACAAUACGAGACCGCCACCUUUGCUAUAUAUUUUUGAAAUAUAUUUUCUGAGCUACAUGUAUCCUCAAUUUUUUUUUUGGGGGGGAUACAAGGUUUUUUGAUAAAUCGACCUUUCAUGAAUAAAAUAACCAUCCGAUUUGAAGCAUUAUUUUAGUUUAGGGGCUAACCAUAGUUGUAACCCUUUAUAAAAUGGGCCCCAGAAUAAGCAAAGCAUGUGCUAUUCACAUCUUCUAUUAAUCAUAUUUUGCCGAAGUUGAAUAGAUUUAUGUGAUCCAAAGACAUGUUUACGACAUAGGUGGGUUCACCUAUACAAUGGAAGACAAUGAUUAACACCGAAAGCGGACUGCACCUCAACAGAAGAAGAAAUGUUUGUCAUUUCACUACAUAGACAAAUGAAAUUGUUGGUGAAUAUUUUUCACUAUACAAUGCAGCAGUCAAUAGUACAAUAUUAGACCAGUCAAUUUUAGUGGUGAAUAAUUUUCACUAUACCACCCAGCAGUUAAUAGUGAAAUUAUAGACCAGUCGACUUUGGUGGGGAAUAUUUUACACUUUAACACUCAGCAGUCAAUAGUACAAUUUUAGACCAGUCAAUUUUGGUGGUGAAUGAUUUUCACCAUACCAUCCGGGAGCAGUCGAUAGUGAAAUUAUAGACCAGCUAUUUGUCCAUUCAAAAGACUUGAUCUGUACAUGAGAUUAAGGUAUGGAAAAUUA